AUGGACACAACACAGUCAACUGGCGGCGGUGGCAGAGUCAAAAGAAAGCAAUCGGGCAACAAGACCAAGACGCUGCCGUGCCCGCACUGCCAGCGACUCUUUGCUCGUCUAGAACACCUUCAACGGCACAUUCGCACCCAUACCAAAGAGAAACCCUUCGUCUGCGAGAUUUGCUCCAAGACCUUUGCGCGCAGUGACCUGCUGGUGCGUCACGAGAGACUCGUCCACCCAGGCGAGGAAGAGCAGCAUACCACACGGAAGUCGCACAAACACCAUAUUCAAAAUGCCAACGCGGCAAAGGAGGCCGCGGCCCGGGCGCACACACACCAUGGAGCUUCGAAUCAUUCCGACCCAAUGGACAUGGCGCCACAGCAGAAUCAUACCCUGCUGUCACCUCAGGCUGCGCACGAAGGGAGAGGGAUGAUGGACAUGCUGGAUCCGCAGCUCAUGCAACCUGCCAAUGGCAUCAGCUCGGUGGAUGGAAUGUCUGCACACCAGUCUUCGGUCAUCAACGCGCCAUCGCUCGAUCCGUCCUGGGGGUACGACUUGAACCUGCUCUCUCACGCCGCCAGCCAUGUCGCGUCUAGUGGUCAGGAUCACUACAUGUCCGGCCUGCCGCAAGUCACGCAAGAACAGCUCAAUGAGCCCUUGCAACAGAUAAUGCCGGCAGUCACAGAAGGACAGUACCAGCCUAGAAUGCUGACCGAAGGAUAUGGGCACUCGACUCCGAUGUUCGAACCUCCCGACCUCGGCGAUCCAAUGCAGGACUUCACCGUCUUCCUGGAUAGUGUCGGCCUUUCGUCUGAAUGGUACGCGAAUAUGUUUGGCCAUGAUCAGGUUGAUAAUUACAACUCACCUGCCGAGUUGAGAGGGGAUCACUUGAAUAUAUCAAGGCCUCAAUUGAACGGUGAGCAUCCCACCGAUAGCAAACUUGGAAUUCCUCAAGAUGAAACAAGUACAUUUUCGCGAUUUGGAUCAAGACUGCCGUCCCUUCAACCAGAAUCUAGAGAUUCUGACUUCACUCGGCCAGACCCUCCACGAAGUACGGUCGAAGAAGCCGAGGCCAAAGUGGUCAGGACAACCUGGGACGUCUCAGAUUCAGAUCGAUCCAUCUUUGCCUCCAAACUUGCCGCAUUCGACAAUGUCAUGCCCAAAGGUUUUAUCCCUCCAUCGAGGCAUUCACUAUCGAGAUAUCUGGCGGGUUAUGUCAAUGGCUUCCACGAGCACCUCCCCUUCAUUCAUGUGCCAACUCUACAAGUCGCAGGGAGUGCUCCUGAGCUCGUACUGGCGCUGGCCGCAGUGGGAGCGCAGUAUCGAUUUGAGAAUAGCCGAGGCAUAGAACUAUUCUAUGCCGCAAAAGCCGUUGUGUUGGAACAGAUACGGCGCCGCGAUGAGUCCUCGACGACCCACCUGUGGAACAGACCUCGAACCGGGUCAAUUGCUCAGUCGCCCGGAGGAGGAUUCACAAACCAAAGCCAUUCUAGCAGUCCGUUCCAAAUCUCUCCCGAAGAGGCAGCUCCUGCCGAUAGCAAAGAGCAGAUGGAUUCAAUACAAGCGCUCCUGCUGCUCACGGCCUUUGCUACGUGGGAGAGGCACACCGAGCUGCUGCGUGAGGCUCUGGCAUUCCAAAGCAUUCUAGCACGGCUUGUGCGAGAGGCUGGCCUUACAAGUCCAGAAAUCAUGCAGUCACCGGAGGAGCUGACUUGGGAGGACUGGAUUAAGAUCGAGGGCGAAAAGAGGACCAAGCUGAUCGUCUAUUGCUUCUUCAAUCUACAUUCAAUCACGUGGAAUGUCCCUCCGCUCAUCCUCAACUCUGAGAUCAAGCUCAACUUACCCGACCCUGCCAACGAGUGGAAAGCCACCAGCGCCGAACAGUGGAAGAAACUGCGACAAGUCAAUGCAGCACCGCAGAUGCCCUUCCAGACGGCGUUCUCUCGAUUGUUCACCAAACAGAAUCAAGCCACUGCUACUCCUAUCUCCCCACUUGGCAACUACAUCCUUGUUCACGCACUCAUUCAGCAGAUUUUCUUUGCACGGCAACUCUCGCUGGCUUGGCCCGGCGUAGCAGGAUCUAGUCUGCGCGUGGAAGACAUUAGCGUCCUCGAUAUGGGCCUCUCGUCCUGGAAAGCAGGUUGGAAACGCGCGCCUGAGUCCAGUCUAGAUCCUCAGAAUCCUAACGGACCAGUUGCAUUCACCUCGACCGCGCUCUUGGGUCUUGCGUACAUUCGUCUACAUGUCGACAUGGGCCCACUCCGCCACCUCGAGACUCGCGAUGCCACACAGAUUGCCACAGCUCUGCUCAACACGCCAGACAUCCGCCGCGACCCUCGCUUGACGCCCGCCCUCCUACACUCUGCUCAUGCACUUUCCAUCCCUGUCCGACUGGGGAUAGACUUUGUUGCACGCACACAGACCUUCUUCUGGUCAAUUCAACAUUCGUUGUGUAGUCUGGAAUGCGCCUUUCUCCUGAGCAAAUGGCUGUAUGUUCUGUCCAACCUGAAGAGCUCCGGCGGCGCCCCCGUCACAGAGCACGAAAGAAAACUACUUCUUUGGGUGCGGUCUCUCCUUGAUGAGACGGAAAUGACAGUGCCUCUCAACGGAGAUGCGAACGACCACACCGUCCUGAAUGAGUCGAGGGAGUUGUUGGAUGACACCCAGAAGAUGCGGCAAUUGAGUGUGGCGGUGGUAAGGGUAUGGAGUAAGACGUUCAAGGGGAAUACGAGCUGGGCGAUUGUGGAUAUGAUCGGCAGUGCGUUGGAGAUUUAUGCGGAUAUGUUAGAGGGUGAAAUGGCACAUGGUCAACACUGA